GCUCCCUGCUGGUGGCAGCGCUGGGUAUGGGUCAGAUGGUGACCAUUGUCCAGCAGCUGACCGUGAUCCAGCAGUUCAAGAUCGAUUGGGGUGAGCCUUUCUCAAGCAUCCUUGUGGCUUUGGAGGUCAUGGCCUUCGACAUGGACAUGAUCUCGAUCGGCUGUGUGGCGCCAAUGGACCCCGUCUCGAAGUUCACCACACGAACCCUGUUGGUGCUGGUGUUCUUCGCUGUGGCGGCGAUUGUGCACUUCACAUACCUUGCCUUCAAGCGAUCCCGUGGCUUCCAGCUUAGCCUGCUGGCAAGGACUGUGGGCACCUUGUUCAUGGUCUUCUUUAUUUCCCUGUGCUCCUCUCUGUUGGCGCCCUUCCGCUGCAACACGCACCCCAACGGCAAAAUGACGAUUCAGACCUAUCAUGGAGUGUAUUGCAACGGCAGAGACGAGCAUUUGGCCAUGAGUGUCGUCGGCGGCCUCGCUUGCUUGCUGCCGGCGGGUUUCCUGGCCAUCUGCAUGUGGGUCAUCCUUGUCGAGCUGCCAAAGAGGCUACAAAACGCAGAUGUCAAGUUCAUCCGGGCUUGCUCCUUCCUCUUCAUGCGCUUCCGGCCGGGUGCGGAGGUCUAUUCCGUCGUCUUCUUGGUCCGAAACGCUCUGGUCGUCCUGUGCCCGCUGAUCCCGGGAACCUCCGGUAAGGUGGUCUCCAUGAACCUCCUACUCUAUGCCAGCCUUGUGAUGACUGCCUUCAGCAAGCCUUGGCGAGCUAUGCCCUGCAACUUCCUGGACAUGGCUUUGAUCACAGGCAUGUUGGUGAUCCUGGACAUGGGAUCCCUGUUCGUGGGCGAAGUCGACGGCGGUGUGACAAUGGUCAUUUGCUUGAUCUUCUCGGCGUUGAUGCUCCUGUCCAUCGUCGCGGCCGUGGGAUACGGAAUCACCAAGCACUUCAUGCUCAAGUACCGCAAGCCUUUUAGGUACUUCCUCUGCCACCAGAAGAUCCAGGCCGGAAGCUACGCACGCUUGCUGAAGAUGGAGUGCGGCAAGCGCGGGGCCAAGUACUAUUGCUUCGUGGAUUGCGAUGACCUCAACGACCUUACCAGGCUUUUCAGCUACGUCGGUCAAGACAGCGAGACCUUCGUCAUCCUCGGCAGCCCAGACAUCAUGACACGAAAAUGGUGCGUGGGCGAGAUGGUCACUGCCCGAAGCCACAAAGUCCACAGUGUCUUGUUGAUGUGGCCGGACUUCGUGAAGCCGGACAAGAUCUUCAUCGAGAACUACGACAGCAUUGUCCCAGACAUCACGGAGCUCGCCAACUAUAACAUCGGACUCCCGGAGGUCAGGGAGACUUUGGAGUGGAUCAACACUAUCGAGACCCUGGACGUUCCUGCAUUGCUGAACCCGGAGAACAUCAGCGGGGUCAUCAACGGCCUGACUGGGACGAUUCGCGCGAAGUCGGUCUCGCAUGAGAACCAGAGCCCAGACUGCCUCAUCAUCUCCGAUUUGGACAACAUGGAGGCUGCCGCCACUGCCUACAUCCUUCUAGGAUUGGUGGUGUCAAAGCUGAUGGGAGGUCAGAAGCACAACCAGCCGACUGUCUUGCAGAAGGAGAGGACCGUGCCCAAGAACGCCACCGCGGCCCUCGUGAUUUGCAGCGACGGGUGCUUCAAAUCCUUCCAAUUCGCUGAAUGGAUGCUGCAAGUGGCGAUGUUGGAGGGCUGCUGCGUGCUGCCCAUCAUCGCGGAAGACGGCUUCCGCUUCCCUGCGCAGACCUUCUACGAUGACCUCGACAAGAUCUCCCAGCUUGAAACCGUCGAUCUGAAGACCUACAAGAAGUGCAUCAAGGCUAUCUUCCAGGAGAUUGCCGUGGUCUUCUCACCACAGAACUAUUCGUCCACGGCCGAAGAUUUGGACCUUCGCGCGAAACAGGUCGCCUGGCGCCUGAAUUCCGGACAGCUGAAGUCGCUGUUCCAGAAGGUCCAGUCCAAGGACGACGACGAAAUCAUUGAGAAUGGCGAAAGCAACCAG